CUCGGCCUUCAAUGUGGCUGCAACAUCGCCAGUCGUGUGUCGCCGCCUGAGGAAACUACUCGCAUUUACCGCCAAGAUGACACAACAAGGCCCGGCUUUCGAUGUGAACGCCAUGACCCUCACGCGAUGGGUCCUGUCCCAGCAAAGGACGGCUCCCUCGGCCACCGGGGACCUCACACAGCUACUCAACUCCAUACAAACAGCGGUCAAGGCCAUCCAGACAGCUGUGAGGAAAGCCGGCAUUGCUAAACUACAUGGAAUCUCAGGCGACACCAACGUGCAAGGUGAACAAGUAAAGAAAUUGGACGUUUUGUCCAACGACUUGUUCAUCAACAUGCUCAAAUCCUCCUAUACCACCUGUCUCCUCGUGUCCGAGGAAGAUUCUACAGUUAUUGAGGUGGAGACUGAGAGGCGCGGUAAAUAUGUGGUAUGCUUUGACCCCCUCGACGGCUCCUCAAACAUUGACUGCCUCGUAUCUGUUGGAUCUAUCUUUGCCAUUUACAAGAAACAAACUCCCGGCGAGCCCUCAGAAGCCGACGCGCUGCGGCCCGGUCGCGAGCUGGUCGCGGCCGGCUACGCCCUGUACGGCUCAGCCACAAUGCUGGUCAUCUCCAUCGGCAAGGGCAAGGGCGUGAACGGCUUCUUAUACGACCCCUCUCUUGGAGAAUUCGUUCUCACCGACCCCAACAUGAGGAUCCCGGAGAAGGGAAAUAUCUUCUCUGUCAAUGAAGGCUACGCGGCGGAAUGGUCGGAAGGCCUGAAGAACUACAUCCACGACAAGAAGCACCCGAAGUCGGGCAAGGCGUACGGCGCGCGGUACGUGGGCUCCAUGGUGGCGGACGUUCACCGGACCAUCAAGUACGGCGGCAUCUUCUUGUACCCCGCCACCAAGUCCGCGCCCAACGGAAAGCUCCGUCUCCUGUACGAGUGCAACCCCAUGGCGUUCAUAGUGACAGAAGCGGGGGGGCUGGCCACGGACGGGCGCCGCGACAUCCUGGACCUGCAGCCCGCCGGCAUCCACGUGCGCGCGCCCUGCUUCCUCGGCUCCAGGAAAGACGUCGAGGAACUCCUCCGGUACCUCAAGUGAUGAGCUGAACCAAUUCCAUAUAGUAUACCAUUUGUCAGAAUAGUUUUACAUCUACACUACACUCCGCUGAAGUCCUGAAGUGCAGUUUAGUAAUUAAAUUUGCAUCGUAAAACAAUAUGUCUUCCGCCGAACUCGAAAAUGGCAAACAAAUUCGUUGUUACUUCGUAAGAAACAGAUUACAGAAAACAUGAGAUGUGGUGAAUAUUUUCGUCGUCACACGUUGCUCGUGUCAUAACGCGAUGUGUUCGUUUUAAUUCGUAUUUUAUUUAUUGGGAUCUACGUUUAUAAUAAAUACUUUAUCUGUAGUA